UAGUGACGACCUGGCACUACUGUUUUUUUCUCAAAGUUGCUGGCAUGUCACGUGUCCUACUUUUCUCAGUACACUCGUAACAACCUAAUCAUUACGAAAUGUAUAUACGCUCAAAUUAGCCACAAGUCGUUUUGAAAGGUAAUGACUGGUAAAAGAAAUAUGGUGGAAACUCUGACUAGCCCAUGCCUCUACAAACCCAAUGCUAUUAGAUUUGUGGAAAGUAGGGAACGAUUGAACAUUUGAGAAAAAAGGUGAUAUUCUAGGGAUGUACCCAAAUCAGAGGUGUGGACUAAAUUAAUCAAAUAUUUGGUUUAAUGAUACUGUUUAAUAUUUAUUGUGGCCACCAGGACAAAGCUAGCACGUUUCCCUCCACCCUCCUGGAGUCCCCAGGUCAAACGUCUCCGGGUACCGCUUUACUGCAGGGUCUGGUCGACUGCAGGAAAACACCGGGGCCGAGUGGAACUGAGAGAGGAGGAGAAGAAGAAGAGAAGGAAGAUGGAGAUUUGAUUUCAUUAAGUAAGAACCAUGGGGACAGCCCUAAUCGUUGCUCUCUCAGUGGGAAGGGCUUAUCAUCUGGGGAGCCUCGACAACAUCAUGAUGCUGACAAGAAAGAGAAGAGUCUCUCCAGACCAGAACACCUCAAGAAACACCAGCAGAGACGUAUAGGGAAGAAACCUCACCACUGCUGCUUUGACAGUGGGAAGGGUUUUGCUAAACAGAGGGAAUUGAUCAUUUACCAGCGAAGUCACACCGGAGAGAAACCGUACCACUGCUCUCAGUGCGGGAAGAGUUUCGCUGCAUCUAAAACCUUAAAAUCUCUGAGAAUUCAUACAGGGGAGAGGCCUUACCCCUGCUUUGAUUGUGGGACGACUUUCAAUCAAUCAAGAGCCCUGACAACACACCAACACAUACACACAGGAGAGAAGCCUUACAGCUGUGAUCAGUGUGGGAAGAGCUUCCGGAAGUCAGGACACCUGACUACACACCAACGCAUACACACAGGAGAGAAGCCUUACAGCUGUGAUCAGUGUGGGAAGAGCUUCAAUCAAUCAGGAGAUCUGACAACACACCAACGCAUACACACAGGAGAGAAGCCUUAUAGCUGUGAUCAGUGUGGGAAGAGCUUCAGGAACUCAGGACACCUGACUAGACACAAACGCAUACACACAGGAGAGAAGCCUUAUACCUGUGAAGAGUGUGGGAAGAGCUUUGCACUAUCCGGAAAUCUGACUACACACAAACGCAUACACACAGGAGAGAAGCCUUAUAGCUGUGAUCAGUGUGGGAAGAGCUUCAAUCAUUCAGGAUCCCUGAUUACACAUCAACACAUACACACAGGAGAGAAGCCUUAUAGCUGUGAUCAGUGUGGGAAGAGUUUCAAUCAUUCAGGAAAUCUGACUUCACACCAACGCAUACACACAGGAGAGAAACCUUAUAGCUGUGUUCAGUGUGGGAAGAGCUUCAGGAAGUCAGGACACUUGACUGAACACCAGCGCAUACACAUAGGAGAGACUUCUUAUAGCUGUGAUCAGUGUGGGAAGAGCUUCAAUCAACCAGGAGACCUGACUAAACACCAACGCAUACACACAGGAGAGAAGCCUUAUCGCUGUGAUCAGUGUGGGAAGACCUUCAAUCAUUCAGGAUCCCUGGUUACACACCAACGCAUACACACAGGAGAGAAGCCUUAUAGCUGUGAUCAGUGUGGGAAGAGCUUCAAUCAAUCAGGAGACCUGACUACACACCAACGCAUACACACAGGAGAGAAGCCUUAUAGCUGUUAUCAUUGUGGGAAGAGCUUCAGGAACUCAGGACACCUGACUGCACACCAACGCAUACACACAGGAGAGAAGCCUUAUAGCUGUGAUCAGUGUGGGAAGAGCUUCAAUCAAUCAGGAGACCUGACUAAACACCAACGCAUACACACAGGAGAGAAGUCUUAUAGCUGUUAUCAUUGUGGGAAGAGCUUCAGGAACUCAGGACACCUGACUGCACACCAGCGCAUACACACAGGAGAGAAGCCUUAUAGCUGUGAUCAGUGUGGGAAGAGCUUCAAUCAAUCAGGAUACCUGACUAUACACCAACGAAUACACACAGGAGAGAAGCCUUAUAGCUGUAAUCAGUGUGGGAAGAGUUUUGCUCGAGAUUCCACCCUGACUGCACACCAACGCAUACACACAGGAGAGAAGCCUUAUAGCUGUGAUCAGUGUGGGAAGAGCUUCAAUCAGUCAGGAGACCUGAUUACACACCAACGCAUACACACAGGAGAGAGACCUUAUAGCUGUGAUCAGUGUGGGAAGAGUUUUGCUCGAGAUUUCACCCUGACUACACACCAGCUCACACACACAGGAGAGAAACCUUACUCCUGUCUAUGUGGAAAGAGCUUUGCUCAUUCAGGGUCACUGAAAAAACACCAGAAAUCACAACCAUGGAAGAAACCUCACCACUGCUGUUCUGACUGUGGGAAGAGUUUUGCUAAACAGAAGGAAUUGAUCAUUCAUGAGCGGAUUCACACCGGUGAGAAACUGUACCACUGCUCUCAGUGUGGGAAGAGUUUAGCUGCAUCUAAAACCUUAAAUUCUCAUCGGAAAAUUCAUACAGGGGAGAUACCUUACCCCUGCUUUGAUUGUGGGAAAUACCUCAAUCAAUCAGGAGCCCAGACUAAACACAUACACACAGGAGAGAAGCCUUAUACCUGUGAUCAGUGUGGGAAGAGCUUUAAGAAAUCAGGACACCUGACUAUACACAAACGCAUACACACAGGAGAGAAGCCUUACAGCUGUGAUCAGUGUGGGAAGAGCUUCAGUCGAUCAGGAGACCUGACUAGACACCAACGCAUACACACAGGAGAGAAGCCGUAUCGCUGUGAUCAGUGUGGGAAGAGCGUCAAUAAUUCAGGACAACUGACUACACACCAGCGCAUACACACAGGAGAGAAACCUUAUAGCUGUGAUCAUUGUGGGAAGAGCUUCAUUCGAUCAGGAGACCUGACUACACACAAACGCCUACACACAGGAGAGAAGCCUUACAGCUGUAAUCAGUGUGGGAAGAGCUUCAAUCAGUCAGGACACCUGACUUUACACCAACGCAUACACACAGGAGAGAAGCCUUAUAGCUGUGAUCAGUGUGGGAAGAGCUUUGCUCGAGAUUUCACCCUGACUACACACCAGAGAAUACACAAAGGAGAUAAGCCUUAUAGCUGUGAUCAGUGUGGGAAGAGCUUUGCUCGAGAUUCCACCCUGACUACACACCAACGCAUACACACAGGAGAGAAGCCUUAUAGCUGUGAUCAGUGUGGGAAAAGCUUCAAUCAUUCAGGAUCCCUGAUUACACACCAACGCAUACACACAGGAGAGAAGCCUUAUAGCUGUGAUCGGUGUGGGAAAAGCUUCAAUCAUUCAGGAUCCCUGACUGAACACCAACGCAUACACACAGGAGAGAAGCCUUAUAGCUGUGAUCGGUGUGGGAAGAGCUUCAAUCAUUCAGGAUCACUGACUACACACAAACGCAUACACACAGGAGAGAAGCCAUAUAGCUGUGAUCAGUGUGGGAAGAGCUUCAUUCAGUCAGGACACCUGACCACACACCAGCGCAUACACACAGGAGAGAAGCCUUAUAGCUGUGAUCAGUGUGGGAAGAACUUCAUUCAAUCAGUAGAGCUGACUAGACACCAGCGAAUACACACAGGAGAGAAAUCUUACUCCUGUCUAUGUGGAAAGUGCUUUGGUCAGUCAGGGUCACUGAUAAAACACCAGGAAGCACAAAUGUGUUGUUUUUUAUCUCCCUCUCCUGCACGGGUUCCAGAUCCCUAAAUACAGUUUCAAUAGAAAACAUCUUGUAAAGAGUCAUCCAUCUCCCAUUCUCUAACAGUUUACUAAGUCUGAUUACCAUGGUAACCUGUGUAGCAUAAUAUGCAGCUCUGGAUCCAUAUGUAUCAAGCGUCUUGGAGUAGGAGUGCAGUGUGUGUGUGUGUGGUGGGGUGGGGGUGUUCAGAGCUGUAUCUUAUUUCAUUAACUCCUAUUAUCCUUUAAAUAAUGUAGAAUUGUGUUUCAACAAUAGUUGGUGCAUAUUCAUGUGUGAGGGAAAUGUCUGAAGAGAGAGCCUUGAAUUGUACAUCAUGUCUCAUACAAACAUUGGUUCCUGUAGGUGCUGGUUAGAGCUAUGAGGGGGAGAAGGUCAUGACCCCCUCAGACCUUUUGGCAGAAUGCCCAGUAUAUGUUCUGUAAGUUAAGAUAGGAGACGGUGCCAGUCACAUGCAGGAACCAAACGUUAAUGAUGAAUAAUAUAUAUCAUGCAUGUAUAACUUGUCUGUGUAAGCAGUGUAUAAAAGAACUAACGGGACUGCCCCGAAAGAGCUCCUGAAGGACGUGUACUACGGUGCAUUAAGUUUGUUGGAACCUUUCCAGCUUGCUGAUAAUAAAGAAUGAUUCAUUUAAGUUUGA